AUGUCGGACCAUCCAGUCGCACAGGAGCUCGUGUCCAUGGAUUACGACACGUACGCGUCCGAGCUGUCGCCGCUCGAGAUCGAGACGCUCAAGCAGUACCAGAACCUCGCGCUCAAUUUGAUCCAGCUGAAAAACGAUAUCGUCACCCUCAACAAGGAGGUGGACUCCACGUCCAACGGGCUCGCGCGCGGAGCGUCCCCGAAAGACAGCCUGCUUGAGGAGCUGCGCGAGCUCGAAACAAAGGUCUCUGUGAUCUCCACGCUGUUCAAGUCCAGCGUGUACCAAGUGGUGGUGAACAAUUCCAGCAACCUGGGCCCUACAAACGAGUUGACUACUAGUAUUCAGGACGACACCAUAUAG